GGAAGAAAGACCUAGGCCAUUGAAAUAUUGGGAUUGACACUUUUAGAAGAAUCAGGUAUAGCGCCAAGGUUGGUGUGUACAGAUUCUAAAGCAGUAGAUCAUUUACAUUUUUGUCCGAUCACACGUUGACCGCUUUAUUUUCUUUGGUAAGGAAAAGUAAACAAAAACAAAAUUUGUAUUAUUGGGCCCGAUAGCGAUACCAUCGAUUUUCUAACGGUCCAAUAAACCAAGAAGUUGUAGUAUUGGUGCAGUUCUGCGGCUGCUACUUUUUGGUCACUCCUUUCGACUAGAACCAAUAAGAAAUCCGAACCUCGAGGCUGUCGUUGUCUCGAUCCUUUGUCCGGAACGAGGAAAACAAUAAAUUUCAGCGCCCCAACGCGAACGCACACCUCCGCAGGAACGCCAGAAGUGAAUAUUCACCGCCAGGCUACCCUUUGUGGAUUGAUUUGGGUAACUAGUACUACUUUCCACCACAACGUCAACGGAGAGGAGAACCGAAGGUGAUUCUGGAACACGAGCGCACGAAGACCAGGGCACUCCGUCUCGAGGCAGAUGAAGACGAAACAGCAGCAAAGCCAAAUGUUUGUGGUCUCUACUCCGGCGCGCAGAAGCGCGCAAGCGCUUGCGGGGUGCUUUAUGGUUUCUCUGAUCAUGCACGCAAAUGCCGCCAGCUUCGGUGGAAUGGUCCAAACUCCAUUUUUAUGCAGUGCAAAUAGCGCCUCUCAACUUACUUUUUAUUUCGUCAUUUUCUAAAACUAAAACUGGUACACGUGCUAUUUACGAUGAAUUAGUCCUCUGCUCCUGCGUUGCAAGAAUGCCGGAGCCGGACCAAGAAUUUUUUUCUAUGUGGUACGCUUUUUUAUUUUUUCAUUCAACGUUCACGUCCUGCAGGAGCAGGACGCGUGUUGGUGAAAAAGACUGACCAGAUUCAAUUCUCUCGAGUAACAAGGAUGUAUGCGAGAGUGUAUUUGCAUUGUACACUCGCAGGACGAAAUACGGGGUUUUCCCUGGCUCGACCCCAAGAAGCCCAAUGGCAGUGUUGACCCGCCGAGUCAGACGGGGGUGUGGUUUGCCCAAGGCACGGUGCAAAAGGCCUAUCUUCUCUGCAACGCUGGCCUCCCGUGGUCCACCGAAGACUCCGAACACCGCCGAAAAUUUCAACCUGCGCGCCGGGUGGGAGAGCCGAACGCGGACAACAGGUCCCAACCGUGGGAGCGCAACGGGCGCCGAAAGCUGGCCCGAGAAUGGCCGGGGAGAAACGGCGUUCCGCAGCCCCGGAUCUGGGCCGAUCAGGACGAAGGCACGGUCUGGGAAUGGUGGGACGUGAAGGAGGGGCUGGGCGCGCAUCCGGAAGACAACACAGAAUGCCUCAUUGAGGCUACGACGCUCGUCAACCCGGACUACGCAGCGCUAGCCCACCAAAGCAAGAGGCUUCUGGUCCUGCCCACCUUGUGCCAAGAGAUCGUAGACGGGCCAGCGAAGGAUGGGGGGGAUCCGACAGCGGAUCUAUGAUGAGGAAAAGAACUACCGUCGCCCCAGAUGAAACAAUAUAUAUAGAAAAUGAAUAUCCUCGCUGUUGUCUAUCACUCGCAGAUGCUACAUGCAAACAACGUACCAACGUGCAUCUUUUGUCUGGUAUGUUCGCAUAAAAAAGAGUUAUAUGUGCAAUAUUGCGACUUGAAGAGCCGGAACGACGACCAAUGAAGAAGAAGUUUGCGAAGAAAAGGUAUGAGCGCAAGCACAUUCACGUUCACAUUGCGCGCAAGUUUGUUGUUCUUUGGCAUUUUCUGUUCUUGUGAAAGUGAAAGGAUAAUGGAAGGAAGGUACUACAGCGACGCAGGUACGAAAUUUUUCAUGCUUGUCUGAGGGCGACGUCUUUGUUCCCCGUGACAAACAUUCGUGUCCGACCAGGGACGUAAGCGCUGCCGUCACUACAACGUGAGGUUCGAUAGGAGCGCCCACGACGAGGAGAAGCGCAAGCAGCGAUACACGGCGGCACCCGAACCAAAAAUGAGCAACCCGCUGGACCAGGGCGUGCCAAGUUUCGCGCAAGUCGCCGUGGACCAGGCGAGCGCCACGCGCGACUUCCAGGGACUGGUAAGCGAGAAAAACAUCGAGAAGUGGGUGCACCUCGGCAUGCAGUACGUGAACUUGCGGUCGAUCCAAGCGGGCUUCCAACGCGGUUCCGUCUUCAAUGACGUUAUGGCAGAUUCCCCGGAGGGCGACGACGUCGACGAUGGAGGAAAAGCGGACGCUGCGCGGAAGCGGGCAGAAGAAGCGGAACUGCAAGAGGAAAUCGAGCAAGCGACCAAACAAAUGGAAAAGAUGAUUCGGAUGCAGCUCAGCGAAGAGCAGAAGCAAAAUCUAGGAGAGGAGCUGCGAGAGAAGUUCGAGGCAAAAAAAUUGGCCGAGGCCGAAGGGGCAAAACGCGCGGCCGCGGCAAAGAGGGAAGCAGAGCUUGCCAAGCGACAGCAGACAGACGACAAAAUGGGCAUGGAGCUGGGGGCUGACAAAACACGAAUCGUGGAUCCGGUCUUUGCUGUGUCUCUAGAGAUGGGCGGCCUCGCGCAACUGCGGUAUCUCGCCGAGCACGGGCGCAGACGCGGCGUAGGUGUCAUUGUGGAUGUGUCUUUCACGGAAAUUGGCCACGUGUGCAGCCCCAAAGGCUACGACUUUGCCUUCACCGCCCUGACUGUGCCCUGCGUGUGGCUGCAAAAUAACGGGGGCGCGAUGGCAGCCGCCGCCGGGGCCCAGGCAGGUGCGGUAACCCGGGUCGUUGCCAAUCGACCAAAUUGGAAGAAAAAACCACUUUGGGCAGCCAUGGUCGGCUUCAUGCGUCUUCUUCUCAUUCACUCUCAAGUGGCUGGCUUUCGGAUCCAGAACACAAAUCAAGUCCUGCGCGACUAUGACCCGUCAGGUACUAUAAAUAAGGAAUCACUUCUUGAACAGCCUGAGUUUUCCCGAGCUACAAGCGGACUGGUGUUUUUUCUCACGCGGAUUUCUUAGAAGGUUGCAUGUUCGCGUUUGACACAUUUUUUUUUCGAAUUCCAUUUCAGGUGCCACGCCUACGGACGUAUGCCAAGUGAAGUCCCGACUUCAUUUGAAAGACAGCGACUUUCAAACCUUCAACCAGCUCGCGGCCCUCGGGGAGGAUGGGUUUGUGCGUUUGAAUGACGCUGCCACAUCCACGGCCUGCUGGAAGUACUGCGCCCGGAUUCCGGAUUGUGAAGGGGCAGUGUGGCGACACGAGCGUGCGCGUUCCCAGAAAGACGCUUGCAUGCUCAUCAAUGAACUUGCCUUGGAAGACCCGAGGGAGCAGCGGUAAGCACUUGUUAAGUAAGUACUCACUAGAAGACUUUGAUCAGCACCCCUUUCUCAAUGUACUUGAUGUCACAAAAAUUUCUUUGCCCCGUUUGUCCUUAGCAUUGUUUGCGGGUUGACCUUUACCUUUUCUUUCGUGGACGCUGAUUUUGGUAGCCCUCAUCAAAGAGAGGCUUUGCUUUGUGUCGUUGACUUAACAGUUGUGAUGCAAAUUUCCAGGUUUUCGCCGAACUUUUUGGGCGGAAGGACGCAGGCGCACGACCUAGAUGAGUACGUCGAAAUGGAACCAGCAUGCCGCCAAGUUCUCACGACUCUAUCAGGUGCGAACUUUUGUUUUAUCAAACUAUCCUCGAGUUUCUUUCUUGUACUUCUUUGUCAAGCCAUUCUUUGCUUCGACCCGCUGAAUGAACUUCGCGAAAGCUGUUCUUGCACGAGAUGAACGUCAGAGCCGAAAAAGAAAAAUGGAAUAUGAAAGAAAUCAAACAGGACUGGCCGAGACAGAUGAUACGGCGACUGAACGUCAAUCACUGGGGGAGGGAGAGGUACGACGAGACGAUGCUGGGCACCAAGCACUCGAUGUGGAACAAAUGGAGGUAGAGCUUCGAGACACUUAUAAGAAGUGCGCGGCACUGGUGCCGCGCACGGUGUAUAUUGCGGGUUCUGACGAUGGGGACUACGCACAGAUCGCAAACCAAGACCUCCCUCCCUCAGUCGCAGGAUCGGCGGUCACAAAUUACUGGGAAUGCCGACGAAAGUACGGCAGCAAUCAAAACUAGAGACACGACCAGAGAAGAAGGGUGGAUUUUCCUUGUGCACUUUAUGUUCGUUCUUUUUCACAACAUGCAUGCGACUGCAGCGUACGAGUGAUGUGAAUCUGACGGCCGAUUCACGAGUUAUUUCCUGGAGGCCACAGCGAGACCAUAUAUCGAUAUCGUCUCAUGGAUGCUUCCCUCCGCGCAGUCGAUCUUGAUGAAUGUAUACCGCUGACGCGUCACCGUCACGUGUUGUAAGUGCAACCUCUACUUCUAGAAAAAUUUGCGCGCUGCCACCAACAGAUGAGAAGACGCAGCGAAAGCACUUGUGCAGAUUCCUUCCUUUUCUAGCUCGUGUCAAUGGUUUUGCUUUCAUAAGCGUUGCGCGCGUACAAAAGGAUGCACCGCCUGGUCCUUCGUACAAGAGAACGACGAAGAACAAUCUGCCGGCUGUAACCUGCUGAAAACCCCAGGAAACUCUGGAGUCUUUGCCGAAAAGGAUGGGGCAAUGAUCUUGUCAUUCCCUGGAGCUAUUUCCGGGUCUUGCCAAGUUCAAAAGAGUACAGAUGUUACAUUGAUAUAUGAAGAUCUAUUUGUAUUUACUUCGGACGCGCCCCAGAAUGAUGAUCUUCACUUACAUUCAUGUAAAGAUUCACUUGCCAAUCAGUUCUCCACCUGGACCGCGACGAAAGAUUUCUAUCGAGCUUGAUUGAGAGUGUUGUGUGUUUGGCCACUCGCAACGGGUUUGCCCCGCUUGUGUGGCCGGCAUUGACUUCCCGAUUGAUUCUGCAAACAUCUCAAACGCAGAUCCGACUCCCCGAAACCACGACGAGGGGACAUGGAAGGCAAGUGCGGCGGGCGCCGAUUUCCUCAAGACCGCAAGUUAUACGAUCCACCGCAAUUACGCGAACGAGAUGGCGGCCUUUGUUACGCAAUUAGAAAAUACUGUUGACCUCGACCCUCGAUCACUAUCGGUGUCGUGUUUUUCUUCUGCCCGACAGAAUUGAUGAGGCAUUAGCACACAUGGAAGAACCAUGCUACGUAAUACAUGAUGUCCGUUUUUUUUAGCACGUGAUGACUUCUGUAUGUUGCGCUGAAUCAGUUAUACGGAAAAAUAUCCGGUACUAGGAGGAAUCUUUGUCAUCCCGGCAAGUGAAUUUGAAAAUGCAAUCGAACUCCUGUGUGUGGUCGUGGUGUGUGUGUGUGGGUGUCUGUGUGUCGUGUGUAUCCGCGAUACAUAGCGAUAGUGAUGAGGUUUUUCUCCCUAUACUUUGUCUCGGCAAGCGCUUCGGUGACGACAGCAUGCGCUUCUACCGUAUCCUUUUUCUGGGUGAUGACGAUACAUUCGCGGAACGGAUGAAUCUUGUCGAGACCUCACACGCCGACGUGAACGGGGGUGAGGAAGGAAGCCGAUACAAAAUAGCUUUCGACGGAACGACACACGCAAUGCUACCACCGAGUGACAUAGGCGGAGCCUCCCUCAGCGAUCUUGCCGGCAGAUUUCGGCAAGAAAACAGCUACGGCAACAGGGCGUCGCCAAACACCGUUCUCGCCCCCGUGCGCAAAGACGACGAGCUGCGCUGGGUCAGCAGGACACUGAAGCAGCUAUCCAGCACGCCCCGCCGCUCACCGCGCUCCGGUGCGGUCGUGGAGCAAGCGAACCUAGCGACUGCUGCAAGCUCCGUGUUCUCCGACCCGCAGAAUCGGGGAGUAGCGUUGAAACACAAUCUCUUGCAGCAUUUGUUGCUGGCAUUGACGCGCGGAACGAUGCACUUCGGACCCGGCACGGAAUACCUCGGACUGUUGAAGGGACCACUAUUUCAGCAGUGGAGUAAAGCAGGUUUCCAGCUCUUGUGGCAGGCAUUCGCAUUUACCGCUGGGCUGAUCCGGUUGCGCAAGCAGUAUGACGCGCUCCGCGACGGUGCAGUGUGGCUUUUGCCGGCCCAGCCGGGAACGCUGCUCUUCGAGAAGGCCAGUCCUUCUGCCGCCUCGGUUUUUGGACUGCUGCGAUCGGCGCAGCAUGGCGGGGGAGACACCGACUCCAGAGACUACCGCACGUCUUGGUGGAUCGGCUCUUUGAGUAGUGCGCGCAGGUAUAUCCUUGGGGGGCAAGAACAGGCAUCUGCUGCGGCCCGUGGUAGAAGUGCCGGUGCCCUUCCUCCGACUCUUCUCCCGCGCCACUUGCGCGCACGCAUACUUUUGGACACGAAGCGAUUGUAUGCCUAUUCCGCUGCGCGUUCGGCGGACGGCGAGCGAGCUUCGCAGCAAGGCCCGUCGGGAGGCGCGGCGCAUGCGUCGGGAACGGAGUUCCUUCGUCGAGAACAAUCCGAGCAAGAGUUGUUCCCGAGCGCCCCGGCUGCACAGCAGUUCAAUCCACCGAGUCACGCUAUGAGUGCCGAAUUCCUGAAGACAUUCGCGGGGACAGAUUUUGAAGUGCAAGAAAAACUGAAGCAAAAUUUGCGACAAAAGAGCACGACGCAUUUCAGAAGUCUCUUCACGGGAAAAGAGUGGGAAGACCUGGAGAAAAAACUCUUGGCCCCACGGGGGUCCUCUGCUGGACGCGCAGCUAGAGGUCACUAUGAUCCUAGUGCUGCUGCUUCCACAUCCACCGCGUCCGCCACCCCCGCGGUUUCGCUAGAAGUUUCGACGGCCGGCAGCAGUGGAGCGUCGUCUGCCGAGACGCCAGUAGACCACAACCGCUUCGGCUCCUGGUUGCCCCCCCACACGCACCGCAAUUUUUUACCGGAGUUCGCACCCGUCGAAGAAUGCGACUUCGAUCCCUCUGAACUUUGCGUGCGGGCGACGGUGGAACCCGGAACCGCAGUGCUGCUCUCACUCGAAUUCGCCGGCGGCGAUGUAGUUGAGCAGCAUUCUCGAGAGGACCACGUGGCUGCCGAGGUGAACAAUUAUGCUGACCAGGCCGAGGAACAAGGGGACCACGAGAUAGGCGAACAAGACGAGGCUUUUCCGGUCGCUGGCCGCGACGCGGAGCCGCGAGAGGGGAUGCCCUUCACCUACUGGCUAGAUCCGCUCGAGAAAAAGGACUGUGCCUCCCUCGGUGCGGGCGUACUGCGGACGGCCUACGUCACCGAGACGAGCGCGGCGUUGGAAGAGCAGCCGUGGUCCGCGGGAGUCGCGGCAACGGAGGCGAUCGUCGAUCUUCCCGCGCGCUUGGCGCAAGUCAAAAAGUUCUGCAUGAACGACCCCCGCUGUGUUGGCGUUGCGGAGGAGCGGGCGGGGCCCGGCUCCCUGGUGGGGCACCAUGGGGUGCAUAACUUGUGGCUCCUGUACGGCACCGGCGCGGGCGGCGGCGCGGCCCGGUCCCUGCAGCUCGAAAAGUGCAGCAACAGCGACGACUAUAACACGCAUGUAAAGGCGACGAAGCCCGAGUACUUCUUGCGCCGUGCGGGAUACGACUGCCUAUCGGAUUCAGUCCGUGGGCUCGCGCAAGUAUCUGGCCCAUACCAAAAAACGCAAUGGAGCCUCCUGCAAGUGGCCCGAAAGUGCGAGGAAGACCCUACAUGUAUUGGGGUGCAGAACGCCAGCAUCGACAACAACGAACGGCAGGAUGCUCUAUGGCUCCUACACUCACAUGAAGAUCACCAAGUUUUACCCGGAAGUUCGAACAUCCUCGGAGCCUGCAGUGUCGCGGACACUGAGUUGGGGCUGGUGACUUUUUGGGAAAAAUUCAACGAAAAUAAUCGAGCUAACGACGCUGCUUUGACAGACUUCAUGGAGGCAAAUUUUGGACAAGAGCAAGAGGAAGGCACGGCAAAUGAUGGCGAUGCAGUUCAUGAUGUUGACCAGGUUGCGGAUCAGUUGGAAGGCAUGAACCUCGGUCAACAGUAGCAGGUAACAGGAUUCCUGACCUGAUACACAAAAACUUAAAUGACCCCGAGGGGCCGGUCCAUCGUGACUGGUGAUACAGAUUGUAUAAUUGAAGACCGUGUGACUGAGCUUUUCCUUUUCCCUGUACUUACAUAACAAGACAUAAAGAUUAUGAUUGUUGCUCUCCCGUCGCACAAUAGUAAUUCAUCUGUUUCUGAUUUUUUGCAGUACGGACACGAUGUGCAAACGAAGUUUGGAUUUGACUUGCAUACAGAAAAAAACUCUGAUGGGAAUGGCGCUAAGCGAGUCAGAACAAUUUAUUUUGCGCAAAACCGAUAGGUAGACAUGGCAUGGUGAAGACGUAUACAUUGCAAGUAGGUCUGUUUGAUUUCACAAAACCAUUUUCUAGAUAGACAGCAUAUGUUUUUAGCUCACAGAUGAAAUGUACUUGUUAUGUAUAAAAGUAAACGCUACGGCAUUGGUGAUGACACGCAAGAGGAAAAUUUUUAAGGUGGGCAAGACUGCACAAUAGCAGCGAGCUGGAUCGUCGUUGGUCUACUUUCUGUUGGCGUCGCAAUAACUUGUGUUGUUUACUUACGCAAAUUUAAACCAACGAAAAUUAUGUCUCACUCUUUUCCUAGAGCUAGAGCUCUACACAUUUAUUCCCCAGGAAUUCUAGCGCUGCGAGGACUACAACAUAACCAGCAGACACGAAGAACAUGUACAUCAAAGGUAUGACAUAUAGCGAGAUAAUAUGAGAAAGAAUAAGAAACAUAAUAGAGAACGUCAAACGAAAUUGGCCAGAGCAAGCUACCUAAAGAGAAAGGCCCAAGGUAGCAGUGGAAGCGAGAGAU